CUGACAUCACUGUCAAAAAUUAUCAAAAUUUUCCUUAAUUCCUAUCAAUUUUCAAUUUGUUAACGUCAUAGAGUCGCAAUCGUCGUUCAGUUUGAUCGUAAAAGUCUUUUAAAUGACCUUAAGGAGAUAGUGAGUGGUUGGCCCUCGAUUUUUUAAAAAAAAAUCUGCUUUUAUUAACUAAAUCAAAGACAGCAAAUUAAGUCAUGUUCCGUAACAUAAUUUUAAGGAACGAUGUGGCCAAAAUUUUGGUUAAAAGAGCGUUACGCGGUCAAAAUUUGAGAAAUAUUUCGAUUCAGUGUAUAAGAACGAAACAUUAUCACAGAUUUUUACUUAAUAGCAAGCAAAUAAUAAAGCCAUGGAAAACAACAGACAAAGCUUUGGUAAAGUAUUAUUCAAGCGGUCUUCCAGCUCAUACGAGGGUAGCUUUACCAGCACUAUCUCCCACUAUGGAAAUGGGCAGUAUUAUCAGUUGGGAAAAGAAGGAGGGUGACAAAUUAAAUGAGGGUGAUCUUUUGGCUGAAAUUGAAACUGAUAAGGCCACUAUGGGCUUUGAAACACCAGAAGAAGGUUACUUGGCAAAAAUUUUGAUCCCAGCUGGUUCAAAAGAUGUUCCUAUUGGGAAACUGGUCUGUAUAAUAGUAGAAAAUGAAUCUGACAUAGCUGCCUUCAAAGACUUCAAGGACGAUGGCGCUUCCAGUGCUGCAUCACCAGCUCCAUCUGUAGAGGCUCCAAGCAUCCCACAGGCUGAUCCUCCAUCUCCACCACCUGCUCAAGGGGCACCUACUGUUCCCAAAGUUGAGGCAGCUGGAUCAAGAGUAUAUGCAAGUCCCAUGGCUAAGAGAUUGGCUGAGCAAAGAAAUAUCAGGCUUCAAGGCAAAGGUACGGGAUUGUUCGGGUCAAUUACUUCUGCUGACUUACCUGUAGCAGGUGCAGGACCUAUUGCCUCUCAAGUAGUACCUGGAGCUCCAAUUGCUGCCCCUGCAUCUGCCAGUCCAUAUGUAGAUGUUCCUGUGAGUAACAUUAGGCGCACCAUAGCGAAGAGACUGUUGGAAUCAAAGCAAAACAUACCUCAUUAUUAUCUAUCUGUUGAAAUUAAUGUUGAAAAUUUGCUUAAAGUUCGAGCCAAAUACAACAAGAAAUUAGAGAAACAAGGGGUGAAGAUGAGUGUCAAUGAUUUUAUUAUUAAAGCCACUGCUGUCGCCUCUCAGAAAGUUCCGGAGGCCAACUCAUCGUGGCAGGAUAGUUUUGUAAGACAAUAUAAAAAUGUGGAUGUCAGUGUAGCAGUUUCUACUGAUAAGGGUCUAAUAACUCCAAUCAUCUUUGAGGUUAACAACAAAGGUGUUGCUGAGAUUAGUAAAUUAGUGAAGGACUUGGCAGCUAAGGCAAGGGAUGGCAAAUUGCAACCACAUGAGUUCCAAGGUGGUACUAUAAGCGUUUCUAACUUGGGAAUGUUUGGCAUAAGUCAGUUCGCGGCUAUAAUUAAUCCUCCCCAAAGCUGUAUUUUAGCUAUAGGGACAACGACGACUAGACUAGUUGCGGAUGAUUCCGAAAAGGGUUUCAAAGAGGCCCAGUUUUUGAAUGUGAGUUUAAGUUGCGACCACAGGACGGUAGACGGCGCUGUAGGUGCCAACUGGUUGAAAGCCUUCAAAGAAUGCCUGGAAGAUCCCGUAGCGAUGAUUAUUUAAUUGUAUAUUAAGUCAAAACUUUUUUUUUUACAAAGUGAAGCUACUCAUCAAAGUUUUUCUUUGAAUUGUUAUUUUGCCAAAAUGAUAUAUAUACAUAUAUUAACUUUAUACAUCUACAAUUUAUCACGCCAUUUUAUUGUUACAGAAUCACCAUACAUUUUUGUGUCAUAAUUUUCUGGGAACUGAAUAAGAAAUUUUGCAUUUAGAUUUUAAAGAAUGACUCCAUCUAAAAGUAUCUGUUCAAUUUUUGACUGUUUCAUUUUACGUUGUUUUAU